UCAUGGAUGUUGUACUAACUUGGAAAUUAAUAAGAACAAUUCAAGCGGCAUUCUAUGUCCUUCAAGGGUUACGACUUACCGCUGUACAUUUUCCAGAAUCAGCGAUUGUGUCAGAUCUCGACCGCUUUAGUUUUAUAAUAGUCGGAGGAGGGACUGCAGGUUGCGUGCUUGCUAAUAGACUGUCAGAGUUGCCGCGGGUCACCGUGCUACUCAUCGAAGCCGGUGACGACCCUCCUUACGAGUCCAUGCUUCCAGGAUUAGUGGGCUACCUUCCAAAAACGUCAUUUGACUGGAACUACACCGACCAAUACAACAGUAACCGAGAAAUGUUCCAAAACAGUUCAGAGCUACCACUUACACAAGGCAAAAUGUUGGGUGGAUCCAGUAGCAACAGUUUCAUGUGUUAUGCUAAAGGACAUCCUACCGACUACGACUCUUGGGCGGAAGAACUCGGAGAUCCAGUCUGGAACUACGAUAAUGUAUUACCGUACUUCAAGAAAAGUGAACGUUUGAUUGAUCCUGUAAUUCCUGUGACUAAAUAUGGAAAGUUCCAUGGAACUGAGGGCUUCCUCCAUGUUACCAGACUAAAGGAUUCUAGAACUGCUGAAUAUGCUGAAAUGUUUCACGAACUAGGCCAUACAAGUCGUUUUGAUUUCAAUGGCAAUGAAACUCUUGGUUUUGGUGAAGGCACUUUUGCUAUUUAUAAUGGAGUUCGAGAGAGUACAGCAUAUAGUUUCCUUAGGCCAGUUAAACAUCGGGAGAAUUUGAAGGUGCUCAAGAAUACACUAGUUACCAGAAUCAUAUUUGAUGACUUUAAACAUGCUGUGGCAGUCGAAGCUGUAAAUAAAGACGGAAAUUUCAUUAGAAUAAUGGCGGAUAAGGAAAUAAUAAUAACUGCUGGGGCAUUUAACUCACCUAAGCUACUUAUGCUCUCUGGCAUCGGCCCCAAAAAAGACUUAAGAUAUUUAGAUAUAAAGCUAGUUUCUAAUCUACCAGUUGGACAGUAUUUGAAAGAACAACCAGCAGUUUUAGUUGCAUAUAAAAUGAAAAUGUCUAGUAAACCACAAACACCACACAAUUACAGAAAGUUCCCCUUUCCCACUUUAAUUGGUUAUAUAGCUCUGAACAAAUCUCAAACUUAUCCAGAUACUGAGUCUAUAUGUUAUAUAAUUCCUAAUGAUUCUGAUGCUGCGUUAUCAUUAUGCACUUUUAAUUUUGGCCUUAAUGAUGAGACUUGCCAAGCACUUUACGAAGCUGGUAAAGGAAGAGAGAUAUUACUUUGUAUUCAAGUUCUUCUGUAUCCAAAAUCAAGUGGUUUUGUUAAGCUCCGAAGUACAAGUCCUGGAGAUUAUCCCUUUAUCUCUCUAGGAAGUUACUCAGAGAAUGAAGACUUAGAAAUGAUGGUAGAUGCUCUUAAAGAGUUGGAUAGAAUUAGGAUUUCCAGUUAUUUUAAGAGGGUUGAUGGCGAGCCGGUUGACCUUAGACUGCCUAAAUGUUCUGUGUACAGGUACGGGACUAGGUCACACUGGCGUUGCCAGGCCUUGAGCACGAGGAUGUCUGUGUGGCACUACAGCGGUACAUGCGGAAUGGGGCGAGUCGUGGACUCGAGGCUGAACGUGUUUGGCGUGCGGCGCCUGCGCGUGGCAGACAGCUCUGUUAUGCCAAGCAUUCCCCGUUCCAAUAUUAUGGGGCCCGUCAUCAUGGUCGCAGAGAAGGCUGCUGACAUGAUCAAAGAUGAUAAUUGCUGUUGAAUAGAAGAAAAAUUAGCAUUUGUGUAAAUAAAUAAUUAUUAAAUAGAGUCAAACUAAGCUAAUGCCCACUUGCACCAACUACUUAACUCAGGGUUAACCCUCCAUUUUCGUCGGUGCAAGUGGUCCUAAGUUAGCUAAAUCUCUAUUUUGAUAUUGAUCUUUUACGUGUUAACGUAACUUAAAAGAAGUUUGGCAUUUGAAAUGUCUAAAACUUUUGCAGUGAGAUCAAAAUCGUUUAAACUUAACUUUCAUUGCCUUCAUUCACCGCUGUAGUUACACAGGAAAUAAAACAAUGGAAACGGACUCUAUUAUAUCGCAUAGAUUUAUAAAUACAGUCAUCCUUACAUUGUGGAAGGUGUUUUAGAUGUGGAGAAUGUUAGGACGUAAUUAUCAAAACAAAAAAAAAAUCAAAGAAAAUCGUCACUACUUUUAA